AUGAGUGAAAGCGAUGUCCAAAACAAUGGCACAAAACGAUGCAAAUUAGAUGAAACACGUGUUGACUCGGACGUGACAGUGAAGACACAGCCAUCGGACACGAGUUUAGAUGCCUUUGAAUUCGUAAGAGUUCUGAACCAAAGAAGUCAAACCAAAUGGAUAGCCAUCGAAGCCAAGAGUGGGGACCAAAAGGCUGUCGUUCUGCUCGAGAAGAUGGCAUUCAAUGAGUCGAACGCCAGACAAAUACUCGAAGACAACUCGAGCGCUUCCAGUCUUCGCCUGGACUUCCAGAACGACAUUUACAGCAAUUAUAUGGCAUUUCCAAGAAGUGAUUUGAAUGCCAUUAAGACAACGAUUAUACAUCCGGCCAGUGAUCGACACAUCCAGAAGUAUUUGCAUCAAGAGAUUCGGGUGGUGUUGGAAACGCCGCGACUCUAUGCAGAGGUGACGUACCCUCACAUCCAACGACAGCAACUGUCACUGCAAUGGGUCCACAAUAUAUUGGAUCACAAGUCAGAAACCGAGCGAAUAGUGUGUGAUAUCGAGGACCCGGACAUCGGAUUCGUGUUAUUGCCGGACAUGAAAUGGGAUGGCAUUCAGAUCGAGACCUUGUAUUUGGUGGCCAUUUGUCGCACACAAGGCGUCAGAUCUCUAAGAGAUCUCAACGAAACACAUCUACCGCUUCUCAACCACAUUAAGACCACGAGCUGUGAUGCCAUUGAACGCAAAUACGGUGUGACCAGAGAUCAGCUCAGGAUUUACAUCCAUUACCAGCCCUCUUACUAUCACUUCCACAUCCACUUCACUUCAUUGGCGUUUGAAGACCCGGGAACUGUUGAGCGAAUCCAUCUGUUGGACGCUGUCAUCAAUAAUAUCACGCUUUGUAACGAUUAUUAUCAAAAGUCUUCGCUUCUGUUUCCUCUCAAACAAAACGAUCCACUCUUUAAGGCAUUCACCGAUAAAUCUCUUGAAAAUUAA